GAAGAGAGAGAGAGAAAAUUUGAACGUUUUUGAAAUUGAAACAAGAAAACAACAGCCAAUGAGUCUUUGUGUUUCAGUAAAAUGAAAAUGAAGGGAAGCAAAAUCAUCAUCAUUGUUUCAGGUCAUUGAACUCUGAAGAUUACUAAAUCAGUCAAUGGAGGAUGUUCUUUAAAUGCUUCCUUACUAACCGUGGUUGCUAUUAAGGUCUGAGGUUUCCGAAGUUGACAUGAGCCAUAGACCAGUGCACAAUUUUAUCCGAGAUGCUGUUGCAGGGAAAUAAACUCAACGACAGCAUUCAUCAUGAGUUGUCAGGUCUGAUCAACUUAACUGUCCUUGAUUUAUCUUCUAAUUAUUUCACAGAUCCAGCUUUACCUCAUUUCUGCAUAAAAAAUCUCCAAGGUCUUUUCCUUUCUCAUAACCAAUUGAAUGGAUCAAUCCCAGAGGAGGUGGGUUUGAUUAUACGGAGUUUGGUCAAACUCAAUCCUUUUAGAAACCUUCUAAUCAGUGCCUUCCUAUCAACUAUCUACAAUAUUAAGAGCUUGAGCUACAUUGAUAUGACCCAGAAUUCUCUGUGUGGAUCUAUAUCAUUCCAUGCUACAAACGGCGGAACCUCUCUUCUGCUGUUAAAUGCCAGUAAUAACCUCUUCUCCGGCACCCUAUCCGAAUCUCUAUCUAACCUGACAACCCUUGCUGUUCUUGAACCUCCGGAUUCUUCCCUCAAGCUUUAUGGUGGAGCAGCAUUUGAGAGGGUAAUGCAUGAAUUUCGUUGUGCCACUUAUUCGAUUGAGUGCCCUCAAGUGUCUAUAGAGAAGCUAUAUCUAUUAUUCGUGAAACCGCAAAUCAUGGUUUUCACUCAGGCACACCACUUUCAUUCCAGGUAAAACUCUAGCACAGAAUACUACUUCUAACAGGUUGCUAAUGUAUUACUUGCCAAUGCUGGCCAUGGUGGAGGUGGAUCAACCAUUUACAGACUCAAUCAAGCUCAAGGGUCCCAAGUUAGCCUUGAGUUAUCUGAUGGUAAGACACCUGAUCAGGAUGAACUAACGGGUGUAGACUAGGAAAAUAUUCCUCCUGAAAGAAAUGCACAGCAAAACACUCCAGAGCAGACCGCUAAAGACGUUCAACUGACUGUUCCAGAGACUCCAUCUCCUGAUCAACCACGCGAUAUAGUUUUUGGAAGUGGUAAGAAGAAAGAGCACGGGAAUGGCAAUCAACAAAGAAGGAAAAUGCGGCACGCGAAGAAGGCGGUCAACACCAGAAAUAAGGAUCAUAGCCCACUCCAAAAUGCUGGUGAUACCUUAUCUGUAAACAAUGACAUUGGCUCUAGAUCAGGCUCAGCUUAUUCGGAAGUCUUUGCUACUGCAACACAGUAUUUUGUCGCAUACGUGAAGUUCUUAUAGAAAGAAGCGUGCCUUCAGCCCUAAAUGCUGCAUUUUUGACUCCUUGCACGGAGAAGUUGGUGGUGGCACUAGGUAUUGAUCUUUUCGCUGUGAGUGAUGAAAAAUUCAUGGACAUGUUUGUAGCACCUGGUGCAGUUGAUGCCCUUCAGGAGGAACGCCAAUCACUCUACAAACGCGAAAAGACACUGCAGUCUUGUUUACACGAGUUCAAAAACAUUGCUAAAUCGCUUUGAUAACUCUUCUUGACUGUGAUCAACGGCACACAAGGUGGAUUGGGCUUGUCAGGUCACCAGGGCUACCGUAAAAGUUGGUUCACCUGGGAAUCCAUUCCUCUCUAUAUAAACAAUAGCACGUACUCCAAAAUUUCUGUCCCACUAAGGAAAAAAAAAGAAAGAUACACAUUCUUGUUCUUCUUCUAGCACAGCGAUAAAACACAGCCAAAGAAUCUUCUUCUUCUUCUUCAAUGGAAUACCAGUUAGGUAGUGAUGGAUUAGGAAGUGGGGCCAUGUUAGAUGAGCUGAGGGAAUUAGCUGAAGGGAAUGUGGUGAUUACCGCUAUCAAAGAAUUGUCAAUUCAGGACAAUGUUAGUCGUCUGAAGCUACCGGGAGAGUUUAUGAGGAGAGUUGAGGAGUUUCUCCAAGAAAGUUUGUCCCAUAGAAACGUACAGAUUCAAGUUUUAAAUAAUAAAUUACAGGAGAGUUCGUUUUGGUUGAGGACAUGGGGUGGGCGUCACCAGGUGAUUACUGAUGAUCACAGGGGUUGGGAGAAGUUUCUUCUUGAAAACUGUCUUAUGACUGGUACCAUGGUCUAUUUGUGUUACUACAGGGAUGCAACAACGCAGAAUCACCGUUUUGCUGUUUUUGCAGUUUAAUCAAAAGCUAGAAAAAGACGAUAAUCAUCAGCAGUUAUUUAUGUUAUUUUGCAGUUCAAUAAAGUAGAAUCGUCAUCAGAAGAACACAUAGAAAAAACCAAGAAACCCCAAGAUUUCAUCUUCAAUCAAGCAACCAAGAAUGGUGAUGUCUGGAUCAUCAAUGGCAACUUAAUUCAUGGUCUCAUUAAUCCUCUUAUUUUCUGCUUUCAUUAUCGGAAUUACACUUUCUGAUCAACAACAGCAGCAGCAACAACAAACCCACCCCUUUGUUUCUUCAUCUUCUUCUACAUUCAAUAUAUUCAAGAAAGAAGAAGCAUCAUCAGAACAACAAUUCGAGAACAUAAUUCAAGCUUUAAUGGCUACUCAAGAUUACAGCAACUGGGCUGAGGUACUCUCUAUAACUGAUCCUUUCAUUUUUCCAAUUACUGCAACUUUUCUAAUCCCAAGUGAUAAUCCAUUAAUCAAUACCUCUUCCACUUCAUCAUCUUCAUCUGAAUCUUUAACAUCAACUAUUGGUUAUCACAUAAUCCCACAACGACUCCCAUUCUCUGUUCUUCAAACAUUUGCAAUAGGUUCAAGAAUCCCAACCCUAUUACCAGAAAAAACAAUUCUUGUAACCAAUAAUUCCCAAUCCAAUUACACAAUUGAUGAAAUUCAAAUCACAUAUCCUGAUUUGUACAUGAACGGAGCUGUUGUUGUGCACGAUAUUAAAUCUACGCUAAAUUACACUGCUUUUGGUGCUGCUAAUGCUAAUGAUGAUGAUGAUCAUGACCCUUUUUCUGAUAAUGAUGAUGAUGAUGAUGACAAGAAGAAGAAGGUAGAAGAAGGAAAAGGAGGAAAAGGGGUUUCUUCAGAUGGAACCAAAUUGACAUUCAAGAAAAGGGUUUUCCUGGGUAUCUCUUGGAUUAUGAUCCUUCGGAACUGCGUUGCCUUCAAAUAUUUCUGUUUCUUUGAAGCUUUCAGUGUUAUUGUACUUUAGUAAUUGUGAAAAUCAAAAGGGUUGAGUCCUGUAACGGGGUUUUUACUUUCAUGGGGUUUUACUUUUUUGAGCUCACUGUAACUUUUGGGUCACUGUAAAUGUUUUUAGGGUUUUACUUUCUUGAGCAGUCUCUGCAACUCCCUU